AUGUCCAAAUCAAAGAAGAAAUAUCCGGAGGACGAAAUCAUAAGAAAUGAUGGAGUCGACAACAUCUUAGUCGAGUUCGUGAAUGGAACAUGUAUGAUACAACCUGGAGAUAUUUGUGACGUCAUGCAAUGUACCGAUCAGACAGGCAAGCUGUACAUAAGCACAUCACAUGCUGUUGAUGGAUCAACCUGUUUUUUUCGAUGCGCCAAUGAAACGUUCACGACAUGGAAAACAUGUUCCGACGGAAUUUGGUCUUUAAAUGUCGAAAACGGAGAUAGGGACCCUCCUACUAUUAUAUGCCCGCCAAAUAUACAAAAAGUUUCUGACGACUUGCAAGAUCACGCGACCGUGAAAUGGACAGAACCAAUAGCAAAUGACAAUGGCACUCCCAUGAGGGCAACCCGUCAUGGCUUAGCACCAGGGCUACAAUUUUCAAAGGGCGUUACGAAAAUAAGCUACUCUGCAAGAGACAGCAGCGGAAACAUGGGAACUUGUUCAUUCUUAAUUAUCAUAACAGUUCCAAUAUGCCCUGGUGUCUCAGUACUGAAGAACGGUUGGUAUAUGUGCCAUACAAGCUUUGAGAUGCGGAAAGGGACACAGUGUAAUUUUGGUUGUUAUGAGGGUCAUAGGAUCGUAGGGGAUAGUUCUAUUAAGUGUAUGGAGUCUGCAACUUGGACUGGGCAGCAGCCAGUUUGUAUACCCGUGACCUGUGACACGUUGGCUCCACCACAGGAUAUGAAAUUAAGCUGUUCUGACAAAAACAACUUCCGGAGCAAGUGUUCCUAUAGCUGUCGUGAAGGAUUCGAUAUUAGUCCCGGAAUGUCCCGAGUUCGCGUGUGUGCGUCAAAUGGAGAAUGGAGAGGAAAAAUACCGACGUGCACUGAUAUCUUACCACCAGUUAUAACUAACUGUACCGGUGCUAUAUACGGAUUUGCUGACCGUGGAAGUGUCAGUGGACGGUUCGUAUGGGACAAUUUUAUACCAUCUGUGUAUGACAAUGCUGACAAGGCUAUAAGACUAAUGCAAACGGCUGGACCGGACAGUUUCUAUAACAACUUGACGGCAGGAACGUACGAUGUCACCUUUGAUGCCACUGAUUCAUCAGGAAACAAAGCGUUCCAGUGUAAAAUGAAAAUAGUGAUGAAAGUACUGAGAUGUCCGAAAGUUUACAGUCUUCCUCUACAAACCGUAAUUUGUGAAGGAGGAAGCAAGUUUGGAGCAGAAUGUAAAUUUUCAUGUGCGAACGGGUCGGUAAUCAAUGGAUUGAGUCAGGCUAUGUGUGAGAAGGAAGGCAAUGGACAAUAUGUUACCUGGAAACGGGGUUCUCACCAACCAUUUUGUGAAGCGCAACAUUUAUGUGAGGACCGACUCGAACCGCCUUCACAUGGCGCUGUCGCUUGUGAUUACUGGUUGGGUGGAAAAUUUUGUCAGAUGUUAUGCAGAAAUGGCUACGAUGUACCAGCAGGGUAUUUGUUUCGGGAAAUGUAUGUUUGUGGAGAAUCUGGUUCAUGGACACCGGAUUCAAAAUUACCUAACUGUGCGCGAACUCAUUCAAGUCACCAUGCCAUCGCUGGGAUAAGUGUGGAUUACUAUUUUGACGGAGACUGCAGAAAUGCUACGGUUGCAGAUAGCAUCAGACAGAAGUUUGUUCAGGCUCUGUCACAGUCAGCCUACAUGGAUGCUUGCAAAACCAAUGAAGAGAGCUGCUUUCCACGAAAUGUUGAGGUAAAAUGUGGCUCCCAUGCAGGUAAACGAUCAGCGAGUAUAAGCAUUGGAUUUGAAUUGGAAAUCAGCAGCAGGACCGCAUUUGGUAAUAGGUCAUUCGCCAAAUUAAACGAAAAGAUGAAGACAUGGUUGGGCAAUGUCAGUGAUGAAAAAGCAACCUUUGAUAUACACAUGGGUGACAAUGUUACUCUAAUUGUUCAAGAGGUUCACAACAACGGAUUACGGAUAGUUUGUGACGGACGAACUAUUCCAUCGUAUACCAGUGAAUCAUGUAUCGAAUGUCCACCUGGAACGUUCUAUGAUACGAAAGCACAAGUGUGCCCUUUGUGUCCAGCUGGUCAAUAUCAACCAUCAUCAGCGCAACUGGACUGUAUUCAAUGUCCAAACGGGAGAAGCACACGCCGUAAAGGGGCACAAUCCAAAACUGAAUGUGAAGUGGCAUGCGCACCUGGGACGUAUUCCAAAAAUGGAUUACCACCCUGCUCCUUGUGUGAGAUUGGAAGAUACACCAACGUGUAUGGUUCCAUGCAAUGUUCUUCCUGUUCUGGAUCACGUACCACCAUUCACGAAGGCGAAACCUCUGAGACUAGCUGUAAAGAGUUUGACUUGAUAAUUUCCAGCAAAAUUGGAAAUGUCGUACUUCCAUUAAACUCUAGUUUGAUUCGAAGUGAGAGUUUCAUCGUCAGUUUUUGGAUGAAGUUGCAAGAUAAUAGGAACUUGAGUUCCGUGAUCAGAAUCUUGUAUCCGGACAAAGAAUUUGACAUCGGCUUAAACGGAAGUAGUUUUAUGUUCACAGGCUUUGGAUUUCAAGCGACUUCAGAUUUGAGUGUGAAUGACACAAAGUGGCACUCUUUGGCAAUUAAUGUCAAUAACUCGUGUGUAGAUAUAUUUCUGGACUCCGAGCUAAUAAUCCCUCAACAAAAUGCACACAACCAAGCAACUCAUUCCAGCAACGCGGACCCAAGCAUUAUCAUUGCUGGUGGUGAUUUUAUGGGCAGCAUAUCCCAACUAAAUAUAUGGUCCCAUAGAUACACCAUUGGUGACAUAGUGAAAGAGAGUUCGUAUUGUCACAGUCGUACACAAGGGGAUAUUCUCGGAUGGAAACAAUUUGAAUCAGUUGAUAAUGAUCACGUAUUUUUACAAAUACCUAGCGAAUGUGACGAUCAUGACGACUGUACCCGUGACGCAUGCAAUGAAGGUGUGUGUGUAGACGGUCUGCAUACCUAUAGUUGUGACUGUCCGUUCGGUCUAAAGGGAGAUAACUGCGAAUUUAACAUUGACGACUGUGUAGACAAUGUAUGUGAGAAUAACUCCACAUGUAUUGAUGGUGUUGGGCGUUACACAUGUCAUUGUGAUGUCAACUUCAAGGGAGAACUCUGUGAAAUAGCAGUUGUCGAUGGUAAAUGGAGCACAUGGAGUAACUGGUCUACGUGUUCUACCACCUGUGGGGAGGGGAUAAUGACCAGGAUAAGGCUGUGUAACAGUCCCACUCCAGAUAAUGGUGGAAAAGAUUGCCCUGGUGACACUUUCGACCAAGACACGUGUAUGUUAGAACAGUGCACAGCUUGUACAAAUUUGACUACACCCGCCCACGCUGCCCUCGAUUGCCAGUGGACUACCUCUGAAGAUGCUGUCACUUGCUCAUUGUCAUGUGAAAACGGCUAUGAUUUCGAUCACGCUGCCAAAGAAAUUUAUCGUUGUGGACCGGAUACCUUCCAUCUUUGGGACUUCCAAACCGACGACAACCCUUACGGAAGGCUUCCUGAUUGCACCAGAAAGGUGGAUGGAAACACGCUGAAUUGGAAAUAUAUGGCAUCAUAUAUUGAUCUGGUGUGUGAUUCUGACCCUAAAGCCGACAUCGUAGAAAGGAAAAUUAAAAAGGCAGUGUACGAGGGCGUUGAAUCACUGAAAUGCAAAAGACACGGGUCGUGCUCCCUUACAGAUAUACAAGUGACAGGCUGUUCAGGAGAUAGAUUUAAGCGGUCAGCGAGCCCUACAACAGCUGGAUUCGCUGCAGAUUUCACUUGCGAUUCACAGAAGUUUACAUCCGAUGGCUGCAGAGACGUUGUAACAGAAGUACUAAACGAGAUGCUCGCCAAAAUAGAGGGCAAUGCAUUCAACACACUUGUGGAUGGUUUAGAAUACUCUAUCAUGGAAAACAGUUCAAUGUUUGGGGGUCGAUCUUACUGCAAAGCCGGCAUGGUCCCAGUGCAACACUACUGUGUACCCUGUAGUCGCGGUAGAUUCAACAGCGGAGAUGAAUGUGAGAAAUGUGCAUUGGGCACAUAUCAAAACCAGAUUGGUCAGACAUUAUGUAUUAAUUGUCCCGUUGGGUACACCACCGAAGGGCGCGCUUCUGUCGAUGUUGAGGACUGCAAUGUGGCUGUGAAUAUCCCAUCUGAUACAGGUGCAGUUCCCGCCUGGAAGUAUGGUGUUCCAAUUGGACUUUCUAUCGGAUUCGGAGUUGUUUGCGUUGUAUCUAUACUGCUUUGGAGGAAAAUCAGAGGCGAUAAAAACAAGAGGGAAAUUAAGAGUACAUAUGAACUGUUCGAUGGUGGUAAAGGAAUGACAGCUUCAAAACCCAAAUACAUCGCUCCUCCAGUAGAAAUGACUCCCGUUGCGGAUGACAACCAUAGGGCCGAUUCAUCUCUCAAAGAAUCAUUGUCCACGAGAAACAAGUAA